AUGCGCCGUUGCCAGGGGUUCAAACUUGAGGAAGCCAGUAUUGAUGAGAUCCAGGCGCAAAUGAGUCACGGCACAUUCACCAGCGCCGAGCUGCUACAGUGCUUCCUCGACCGUGCUUAUCAGACGCAGCCAUAUUUAAAUGCCAUUCUACAGUUCAACCCAGAUGCUUUCUCCAUCGCCCGGAUGCUUGAUGAGGAGCGCGCUAACGGCAAGUGUCGGGGCCCGCUCCACGGCAUUCCGUUCAUUGUAAAGGACAACAUUGCCAGCAAAGACCGUCUGGAGACCACAGCUGGCUCCUGGGCCCUCCUAGGCAACGUUGUCCCCCGCGAUGCCUAUGUCGUUCAUAGGAUGCGUCAGGCCGGGGCUGUUCUCCUGGGUAAAGGAUCGCUCAGUGAAUGGGCUGAUAUGCGUUCGAACAAUUACUCAGAAGGGUUUACCGCUCGUGGCGGCCAAUGCCGGAGCGCCUUUAAUCUUACUGUUAACCCUGGGGGCAGCAGUACUGGCCCCGCUGUCGCGGUCGGCGCCAACCUGGUUCCUAUUGCGCUCGGCACCGAAACUGACGGAAGUGUCAUCAAUCCUGCGCAGCGAAACGCCAUUGUGGGAAUCAAGCCUACCGUCGGCUUGACGUCCCGCGCCGGUGUUAUUCCCGAGUCCCUGCACCAAGAUACUGUCGGUACAUUCGGAAAGACUGUCCGCGAUGCCGUAUAUGCUCUGGACGCCAUUUAUGGAGUUGAUCCUCGUGACAAUUACACUCUGGCCCAGAGCGGAUUGACUCCUAAAGGUGGCUAUAUCCAGUUCCUUUCUACGAAGGAAGCUCUUCAGGGAGCCGUCUUCGGCCUUCCCUGGAAGUCAUUCUGGGCCCUCGGUAACCCUGAGCAAAUUGCGCAGCUUGAGGAGCUGCUUAAACUGAUCCAGGCUGCGGGUGCGACCAUUAUUAACGGCACCGAUCUGCCUCAUUACAAGCAAAUUGUUUCGCCCGAUGGUUGGAACUGGGAUUACGGUGCUACUCGUGGUUUUAGCAAUGAGUCUGAGUAUUCCUAUAUCAAAGUCGACUUUUAUAACAACUUACGCGAUUAUCUUUCAGAGGUCAACAAUACUGCGAUCAAGUCUCUGGAAGACCUCGUGCAGUAUAAUCGUGAUAACUAUGGCUCCGAAGGCGGCUUUCCAGGUGUGCAUCCUGCCUUUGGGUCCGGCCAGGAUGGCCUCAUCGCUUCUCUGGAGAGCAAGGGAGUCAUGAACGAAACGUACUUCUCGGCGCUAGAGUUUUGCCGACGCACGACCCGGGAGGAAGGCAUCGAUGCAGCCUUGAAAUAUCAUAACAAGACUCUGGAUGGUCUUUUAGUUCCUCCCGAUGUUGCGCAGAGCAUUCAGAUCGCCGCUCAAGCCGGUUACCCUGUAGUCACCGUCCCCGCAGGGGUGAGCAACGGGUCUGGGAUGCCUUACGGCCUGGCGAUCAUGAACACGGCUUUCUCGGAGCCCGUUUUGAUCAAGUAUGCCAGUGCUAUUGAAGAUCUCCAAAAGUCCACCGCGAUUGCAGCAACACAAAAGGCCAGCCCAAUGUCCUCGAGCAGAUUGACGCGGGCUCCCCGGCACUGGGGCGCCGGGCGACCGUUCAUACCGAGACGCAGCUUCACGAUCUCUGUCCGCCGCUUCUCCGAACCAUCCGCCUCCGCCGUCGCAACGUCCUUCCUGUCACGCUUCCAGUCGCUAGGCCCUCAAAUCCGUACUCAAGUCCUCGACGCAAAUCAACUGCAGCUUCUCACCCUCACAUUGAAUCGCCCCUCUCUUUUUCCCGACUCUCCAACGUUGACCAAUGCUGCCCUUCCGGCCCUCAACACGCCCGUACCGCCGGGCUACCAUCUUGUUUACUUCACGCCCGCGUUCCUAGAGGAUGAGCUUGGGCUGGACGGCACGGACGCUUCCUACAAUCCGCAAUUUCCCUUCACUCGGCGAAUGUGGGCGGGAGGGGAAGUGACCUGGCCGCGGGACGCUGAUGGGCAGCCCAAUCCGCUGCGAGUCGGGCAGGAGGUGCGCGAGACGACACGCGUGUUGAGCGCAGAGGCCAAAGUGGUGAAGAAAACGGGCGAGGACAUGAUCGUGGAACUGGGUAUUCCGCAAGGCUCUUCCCACCCCAUCUCCCUCAUCUCCCCCGCGAGCCCUCCUCGGGCCACCUCGUCGCACGUCGCGACCCAGACCACGUUCGCCAUUUCCACGCAGGGACACACUCACUCACGCUCGCUCGUGCAGAGUCCAGUCACCCUAUUUCGGUUCUCCGCUCUGACGUUUAACCCACACAAGAUCCAUUACUCUCUUCCGUGGGCCCGCGAGGUAGAGGGGCAUAGAGAUAUUGUGGUUCAUGGCCCGCUGAACUUGAUAUCGAUCCUAGAUUUGUGGAGAGACACCCAAGGCAAGGCCUGCGAGGAUCCAGCGACAGCUGUGCCCAAACGCAUAUCCUACCGUGCAACUAGCCCGUUGUAUGCGGGAGACCGGUACUCGAUUCAUUUAACAGAAAAGGAAGCAGGAGCAUCCAAGGUACAAAUUGUUGGGCCCGAAGAUGCUAUUGCCAUGAAGGCAGAGAUCGAGUAA